UUUAGCACCAAGCCAAUUUGCAAGACCCUGAAGAAACGUCCCCAUUCCCACUUUGCUUCUGGCUCUGUGUUCGCUUCCGCAAAAUCGGUUUCUGCAGUCUGCAUGGAAGACUACUCUCUCGUGGUGAGGAAGCCCUGUUUCGGCCUCCCUACUGCUUGCCCUUCAUGCUUGCCUGUCUACUUCUACCUCAAAUUCGCUGACAUUCCCUUUAAAUUGGACUAUAAUCUUACCUACCCUGAUUCUGAUAAAAUUCCGUAUGUUGAAUCUGGUGAGUACGUGGCCUAUAAUAAUGAGAAGGGUGGCGUCAUUGAGACACUAAAACAAGAUGGCAUUGUUGAUUUGGACACCGAAUUUCAUUCAGUCCCAGAGUGGAUACCCAUGAAUGCUAUGGUUAACUCCUGGCUUGCUGAUGCAAUCAAGUACGAGCUCUGGGUGGGAACUGAUGGUACAUCUGCCCAAAGUAUAUAUUGUUCUGAUCUUCCAUGGCCAAUAGGAAAAAUUUUGUUCUUGAAGCAAGUGUACAAUGUAAAGAAGCAACUUGGGAUUACUAAGGACAAUGCCGAGGAAAUGGAAGACCAGAUAUAUAAGAGAGCCAGCAGUGCGUUUGGAGCUCUGUCUAGUACCUUGGUGGAUCAGAUGUUUUUAUAUGGAAACAGGCCAUCAAGUUUGGAUGCAGUCUUUCUGAGCCAGGCACUUAUCACUCUUCAAGCAUUACCAGAAACAUCAAUUCUCCAUAACAAGCUGUUAGAACAUGAGAACCUGGUUGGGUAUGCCAAUAGGACUAAAAUGGCGCUUCUUGAUGCGGGUACUUCAUCUUCAGUCCCAAACUUCCAUGCAAACCCUUCAUCAUCAGCUCCGAGAAAAGGUCCUUCAAACUGGCGUUCUAAGCCCAUGACCAAAACCAAAAGGGGAAAAACAAAGGAGGAAGAUUUUAAGAGAAGGGCCAAAUAUGUUUUUAUAGCACAGCUGAUUGCAGUAGUUCUUUAUGUCACUCUCAUGGAUCAAACAGAUGGGUUUGACGUUGAGGAUGAUGAUGAAGACUUUGAUUACAAUGAGUAGAAAGAAGGUUAAUCCUUUCAUCUGAUUUGUGAUCUCUACACCAGUAUUUUUGGCCUGGUAGCAUCCCUCUGGUUUUAGGGCUUUGCUUUGCUGAACAAGAUCAUGAAAUAGGGUUGAACUAUGAUGCAAUUCAAUAUGAGAUUAUAAUGUUUAAUUUUUGAACCCACUGUGAAGUAUACUCAAUGUGAAGUGCAAAGUGUUAUACAAUGAUGUAAUUCAUACAUACGAUUUCACUGCUGCUAUUCUGUGUGAGGUCUUGCUUGGUGUGGUAUUUUAGAUUUCUUAG